GCAGCUACCAUUCGAUUUUUUGUCAGCUCAGACAUUUGGAGUUCAAGUGGUUCUGCUUUAACCCAAAUACGACUGCUGGACAGAAACAUUCGUCAGUCACUGUUGAACCUCUGGCGAGGAAAGAUCUCUUUAGACUAUAACAUAGUAAUUGCUUGUUGGCGGUGAAAGUGUUUGAGCGAUGGAACAGAAAAAGUAUCCUAUGCUUCUCUCGGAUCUCGAUGAGUUGCCAAGAAUCAGUUUCGCGGGAUAUGAUCUGUAUUUCGACCCCAAUUUGUGUCCCAUUGCAACCAAAGUGGCCAAUGAGGUGCUCCAGGAGACAGAGGAAAAGAAACAAAGGUGCAUAGGCGAAUUGAGAAAGCUUCUGGAGCAGGAGAAGAAUCUCGUGGUUCCCAUUGAUAAUGAGGGAUGGCUCAUCCGAUACUUACGAGCCAGAGACUAUGAUGUAACUGAGACAUUCCAUCUGAUCAGAAGAUAUUACAAGUUCAAAAUCAAGUAUAGUGAUAUGUACAAGGACUUUAUUCCAUCCAAGAUGACCCACUUGUACGAGCACAUGCUGUUCACAGGCACGCCCGAGAAGGAUGACAUGGGAAGAAGAGUUCUGUUCAUAGAGAUUGGCAAGAAGUGGAAGCACAAGAUUGUCUCCAUCAAGGAACUGUUCAGAGUGUGCAUUCUGAUUAUGGAGGCCGCCAGUCUGGAACCCACCACCCAAGUUCUGGGCGGUCAAGUGGUCGUUGACGCGAAGGGAUUCAACUUGUCGCGCGCCAACAAAUUCACGCCCAACAUCCUGAGGAUGGGCAUCAAGUGGAUACAAGACUGCAUUCCGAUUAAGAUUGUGGCCUUUCAUGUGAUAAAUGAGAACAAAUUUGCGGACAUCGUGUGGAAUCUGGCGAAGCCUCUGCUGAGGCAAGAAUUCCGGGAGCGUAUUCACUUCCACGGCACAGAUUAUGCAGCGCUGCAGAAGUGGAUUCCGCCCAGGUGUCUCUUCACACACUACGGCGGAACGGUGGAAAUCCCUGAACUUCCGACUCACGACGAGCUCUGGGAGCAAUACUCGCAAUGGGCCGACAAAGCUGACAAGGAGUUUGAAGUUGUUAAUUCGUAUGGUUUUAAGAAUUGAAAAAAAAAUUUGAACAGGUUUGGAGGAGCAAUUGAAAGAUUGGCUACUAUUUGGUGAUUGAAGGUGCUUUUUUCUGGUGGAAUAAAUGUGUGCG